AUGGCUCCCUGGGGCUCGUGGGACCCAGAGCCCCCUUCCGAGGUGAACACCGUCGUGACUGGUAGGGAUUUCACCGUUGUCGACCUCCCAACCGAUAAGAUCAAUGAGCGCAAGUACGGUAUCGCAUCGUCUGAACCCACCGAACACCAUACCCCCAGGGACUUGUGGGCCAGCCCGUACGCUCCAGAGCUCCGUCCCUUCCAGCACCAGGGAUCCCCUCGCGAAGUGCCCUGUCUCCAGUGCGUGAACCGCAUGAUGGUACGCGGGUUCCACGGCCUCUGCCGCGAUCACUUGGCUAAUGUAAACGGCGAAUGCUAUUGCUGUGUUCUCCAUGGAGUGGAAUGUGAAGAGGUCCCCGAGACUGCCUUCAAGUCAGCCUACGAGCUCCAGGUUUGUGCGCGCAAGAUGGAUGAGGGUCACGAGGACACGGACUGGGAGUAUCUCUCCAACAAAGCCGAGCUCACCCUUAUGAAAGAAGGACUUCUCUGGUUUGCCCGCGAGGAUACGAACGACUACUGGGACGGAAACAACCAUGUCAAGGAGGUCGUCAAUGGCAAAGUCAACCUGGUCGACAACGGCAAGACCUGCUGGGACUACAAAGACAACACCAGCUGGGACGGCAGCGACAACGUCAAUGUCAACACCAACACCAACCAGGUCAACAUUGGUAAGACCUACUGGAAUGACGGCAGCAACACCAACCGAGACGUCAACGCCAACGCCAACCGGGCCGGCAAUGACAAUAUCAAUUGGGGCGCCAACGGCAUCCCCCGCUGGGGCAGCGGCGAGAUCGCAACCUGGAAUGAAAAACGCAACACCAACUGGGCCGAUAACAGCGACAGCGACAACGCCCAGGGCACCAAGACCACUCCUGAUGCUAAAAUCGACAGCGACUGUGAUGACGAAAGCGAUGACGGUCAGGAUCCAAUCCAGCUCACUGCCGAGUUUUCUUCCGCUGAUAAGAUCAUCUCCGCCAUCGACCGCAACACCGACGCUGUGGCCGAUCUCUGCGAGAUCAUGGAAGGCAUCAAGGGGAGCCUGGAUCUUCUUCACGAAGACAACGUCCAGAGCAAGAAGUUGUUGCAGAAGUUGUUGACUGAGCAGCGAACUCUGAGCGGUAAGAAGACGUAA